UUUUCAGCUCUAAAUUCAUAAACCACAGUUCAAAAUGGAAAAAACAAAGUGAUGAAAUUAGCCAAUCUUUUCCUACAACACUAUAUGAAGCCGCACUUAAGGGAGAUAAAACUUCCUUGGGUGAAUUACUAAAAACCGAUGAAUUUAUUCUUGAUCGAUGCAUCAUCGAAAAAUCAUGUGUCGUUAUGCAAUCUCCGUUACAUGUAGCUGUUAAAAAGGGGCACUUAGAUUUCGUUAAAGAAAUUCUAAGGCUAAAUCCGGAACUAGCGGAGGUGGUUGAUCAAUUAAAAAGAUCAACACCACUACACAUUGCGGCCACUCUAACGAAACGGCCGUUAGGAAUUGUCCGCAGCUUGCUUAGCGCGGCACCAAACAUGUGUUUCGUGCACGAUCAAGAUGGAAUGACGCCCCUUCAUGUCGCGGCUGUUAAUGGGAACAUCAAAGUGCUUAAGGUGUUUCUCCGGAUGAAGCGUCAGGCUGCUUUGGAACGAACUACGAGAGGUGAAACUAUCUUACAUUUGUGUGUGAAAAAUUGUCAACUAGAGACUCUAAAAGAAUUGGUUGAAAUUACGUACGAUCUCGAGUUACUUAACUCCGAGGAUAGUGAUGGUAAUACUGUCUUGCACCUUGCCGUGGCUUACAAAGAAACCGAGAUGGUAAAAUUUCUACUAGAAAAAGGUGACAAGAUACAUAAAAAUGCUGUAAACAAAAAAGGGCAGACAAUUAAGGAUAUUUUAGAGCAAACUAUAAGUUGUAGCAAGAAACCUAUUAAGGAUAAAGACGGGAAAAUAAAAAAAGAAGUUGAUGAAGAUAACUUAGAAGAAGCUGAAGAGGAAAAACAAAGAGAAGUUGAAGAGGAAAGAUUAAGACAAGCUGAUAUAAUGCUCAAGAAUUUAUUCAUAGAAAAACAUGUAUCACGAGCUAAACAAGUGCUGAAACGUAGCAAAGACGAAAAAUGGUUGGAGGAGCAAAACACAGCUCUAAUGGUGGUUGCAUCUUGUAUUGCAACCUUAUCGUUUCAAGUUGGAAUGAAUCCUCCUGGAGGCGUAUGGCAAGAUAAUGAUGGUCAUGAGGCAGGCACUUCCAUAAUGUCGUAUGAUAAACAUGGAGAUUUCUAUAGCAUUAUACAAGUUAGCAACACGAUUGGACUCAUAUCUUCUCUAAGUGUCAUUCUUCUCCUUAUUAGCGGCCUUCCUUGCAAGAAAUAUUUUGUGUUCAUUUUGAGGGUUACUUUGUGGAUUGCUGUAACUGCGAGUGCAGCAACUUACUUCUACACGAUAGGGUAUCUCACAAAUGAGAUUCUUGAAAAGGCGGUGUUAGUAGAAGAAGCUUUGGAAUAUUCUGUUGAGAUUUGGCUAUGGUUGAUGUUGAUUAUACUCGUAGGACAUGGUUUGCGCUUCAUAUGGAAGGUAAUUGGUCAUAACAGGAGGUCGCAUAUUAAACAUGUUUUGGGAAAGGAUACAUAUUGUCCUAAUGUUUAGAAUAUUCGAUUGCUUAAUUUAAUAACUACAAUACUAUGUUUAUAGGAUAUGAAUGAUUUUGGCACACCCAUACAUUGUGAGGGUAUGGUACAACUAGUUUUCUAUGCUCUUACAUGAAGGUGUGCUGCAUCAAUUAAAGGUGUGUCAAAAUUAGUUUCUUAUUUAACGUUUUUUAUGCAUACAAUCUUGUCAAAUAAGCAUGCUUAUUUCUUUCCCAUGAGAAAUAAAAUGAAGCUUUAAUUUCUCUUAAUAUAUCACUUAUAGUAGUUAUAGUAGUUAUCACGCGGCAUCUACUAUGUACGUGUGUAUUUCCUAAAAAGAUAUGUAUUCAUCUUAUUGUUGAAACCUCUUUCACAUUAUUAU